AUGGGUCGCCGCACCAAUCAGCGUGCCAGGAUCAACCGCGUGCUCGCCCUUCCGCCGCUGAUUGACGCGCCCAGUGGCCCGGGCAGACGCAACAAGCUCGCAACAAGCUCCAACCGGCCGCUUGGCCUUGGCGCCUUGUUCUCCUCUUGUCUUGUCCUCUGCUGCUUGUCUGCCUCGGACGACCCGUCACUUUCUCUUGCACAUCGUCCGCCUGCUUGUUCGCCUGCUUGUGUUUUGCUUGUUCGCCUUCCAAGACGCAGGCAGAUAUUGGCAGACAGCCUUGGUAGCGAAAGACGAAAGACGAGACGAGUCCCCGCUGACGAUGGCUACUAUUUCUGGAAUUCACCGAGAAAGGCGAAAGGCGAAGCGAGAGAGAGAGGAAAAGGUCAGUGGUGUAGGGUGAUGGCAAGGAGUCGCAUCCCUCAGACGCAGCGUCGACCACCAGGCAAGGCCAACUGCAGCAUGUGCCCGGGAAACGCCGCCCAGCGCCUCUUUGCCUAUCUCGUCCCCUGCCUCACUAACUGCUGCCACCACCACUACUGCUGCUGCUACCACCACAACUACUACUGCUACUACGGCGACGGCUGCGACUAA